AUGCCAGGUGGUGCAAGAAUCUCAUUCAACUCUGUGGAUUCCUCUCUUUCAUCUCUGAAAAACUGCCAGUCUUACAUAAAUACUGGAAUGGAUAUUGCUACUCACGUUGCCCUUGACCUUGUGGAAAGUUUCAAUGAUGUAGAGGAUGUUAACAGUAUGGAAAAUGUCAUGUUAGAAUAUGCUGCAAUGGACAGAGAACUUAAUCAUUAUAUGACAGCAAUUGAAGAAACGGUAAAUCAGAUAAAGCGAGAAAAACCAGAAAAUAUACCAGAUCUAAAAGAUUUAGUAAAUGAAAAAUUUACUGCACUGGAGAGCAAGAACAGUGACUCAGAUUUGGAGAAGAAUGAAAAAUAUAUGUAUUUUAAGGGUCAACUUAAAGAGAUGAGAAAACAAUUUUGUUAUCGAUCAGAUAAUGAAAAUGAGGCCAUUGAACAAAUCGAUGAAGAUAUAGCCGUGACUCAGAGUCAGAUGAACUUUAUUUGUCCCAUUACACAGAUGGAAAUGAAGAGGCCAGUUCGAAACAAAAUCUGUGGACAUACUUAUGAAGAAGAUGCCAUUCUAAAAAUUAUCCAGACUCGAAAGCAGCAAAAGAAAAAAGUCCGAUGCCCUAAAAUUGGCUGUAGCCAUGCUGAUGUAAAAGGAUCAGAUCUUGUGCCAGAUGAAGUACUUAAAAGAGCGAUUGACAGUCACAAUAAACAAAGCUGGUCAACACUGGAGAAGUCACCUGGAUACGCUGCUGCCACAGAAAAAAUUUGUUAUUAG